AUGGAGUCUCCAUUUAAGGUUGAUAUAAUGAAAGGGAAAGUUGCUUUGAUUAUUGGAGGUGGAUCAAGAAUUGGGUUUGAGAUUACUAAGGAGUUUGGUAGACAUGGAGCUUCUGUUGCUAUCAUGGGUAGACGCAAAUCUGUUCUUGAUUCCUACGUCUCUUCUCUUCGCUCUCUCGGAAUUCAGGAGACGAUCGUCAGAACGAAGACGCAAAUAGGAUUGUCAAAUGCAACUUUUCAACAUUUUGGGAGGAUAGACAUUCUUGUUAAUGCUGCAACUGGUAAUUUUCUAGUGCCUGCCGAGGAUUUAUCCCUUAAUGGCUUCAAAGCAGUUAUGAACAUCGAUACUGUUGGCACAUUUAUAAUUUUACAGCAAUAUGCGCCAACUCAAUCUGGGCUUACUUUCACCACUGUGUUGAAAAAAUUAGAGCAUAUGGUCCUAAUUGGAUGCGUUAUAGCCUCUGGUGUAGGCAGUGGAGGAGCAAUUGGGCCUUAUCACCUAGCAUGUCUACUUGCUCGGCAACAGUAA